UUUUUUGCUGAUCCGCGGUGCUUGCCUGCUUUGAUCGUCCACCAUGUGCGGCCGGGCACCGCCGCUGCAGCCGAGGCCAUGACCGUCCCCCCGCGGCGCCUGGCCGGGCUCUGGCCGUGGCCGUGGCUGCUCAUGGCGGCCCUGCAGGUGGUGGUGGGCCAGCCGGUCCUGGAGUCCGAGCGGCCGGCCCUCCGAGCGGUCAUCAAGGUGACACUCAUCAAGGAGCCCACCGGGAAGCCCAUCGUUUUGGAAGGGCUGUUCGUGGGAGGAAGCGCCGGCAAAGCGGAGGGAAAACUCAUGCAGUAUCACCCCCUGUCUCUGUGCAACAACAGCGAGGAUGACCCACCGGAGAGUGACUUCAUCACCAUCGUCAAGCUGGAGCGCACAGUCACCAGCUGCCUGCCGCUGCUCGAUAAGGCUCGCAUGGCACUGGCUAAAGGAGCUCAGGCUGUUAUCUUCGAUAUCAGUGACGACGACCACGCUGCUGCUGAGCUUCCAGACACGGACUCGCUGCCCCGUCCGGUGGUGCUGGUGGAGGCCGAGGACGCCGAGGAGCUCAUGGGUCUGGUCAACAAGAACGAGGAGGCCAGAGUGGUUAUUGAGGUCAAGAUGGAGUCUAAGUGGCCAUUCGACGUGGGCAUUCUGCUCACCAUCGUCCUGGCGAUCCUCACCAUCGUCCUCAUCUUCGCCUUUCGCUACAAGUGUAAAUCCAACAGAACCUGGGACUCCGUCCAUCAGCAGACCAUGCGGGCCAUCAACCGGCUGGAGACCAAGACGUACAGCUCCCAGGGCUGCUCGGGCUCGCAGCGCCACCGAGCGGCCUGGGGCUCCGCCAGCAGCUCCAACUCCAGCCCCGUCUGUGCCAUAUGCCUGGAGGAGUUCCAGGACGGGCAGCAUCUGAGGAUCAUCUCCUGCGCUCAUGAGUUCCACAAAGACUGCGUGGACCCCUGGCUGCUGCAGCACCGCACCUGCCCCCUCUGCAUGCACAACAUCAUGGGUGAGGACAAGCAUGCUUACAGGACGGAGCGGCAGUCGCAGAGGAGUCGACACCAGCAGAACGCGGAGCAGACCCAGGGCUUCCUGCACCCUCAGCCUUACAGCAGCCCGCAUAACCACCCCUUCCCCCAGCAUGCCGUCCCCUUCUCCAUGAGGCCCCACUACCCCCGCGGGCCCUCUGGACAGUACCCCAACCUGGGUCACUACAGUGCCUCUGCUCCCAUGGACCCUCAGACUCUCCGUUUCCUCACCAGCCGGCCCCUGGGCCCGGGCUGCGGGUAUCACCCGCCCCCCGAGGGCCCCGGGAGGCCCCACAGGAUGGGAGGGAACUGCAGGACGUCCACGCACCACUACGCCCCCCGCCGCUCCUGCCACAACUACCGCUCGUCCUGUCCGGCCCAGCGCAGCGCGUCCAGCUCCAGGCUGCACCACGCCGCCUCCGGAGCGCCGCAGACCCGCGGGGGCCCGGCUCACGGCCGGCAGGACGAGGGCAGCUGCUCGGGGGGCAGCUACCACACGGAGCGCAGCGGGUACCUGGCCGACGGGCCGGCCAGCGACUCCAGCUCGGGGCCGUGCCACGGCUCCUCCAGCGACUCGGUCCUCAACUGUACCGACGUGUCCCUGCAGGGGGUCUACGGCAGCUGGUCCACCUUCCGCAGCUCGCUGAGCAGUGACUAUGACCCAUUUGUGUAUUACGGGCCGGGGCCCGGGUGCGGCCCCCGCAGGAACAGCCUGGAGGCCAGCGCGCAGGCCCGGCCCCGGUCCCUGGACUCUGUGGUGAACAAGGCGGGCUGCCUGGAGGAGCAGCCACAGACUGUGUUCAGCCACAUCCACUACCACCGCCACCGACACCACCACUACGAGGAGGCGGAGCACAGCCAGGGGCCCAGCAGGGGCUCCGACGAGGAGCAGGGGGCGGCCGGUGGGGCCCCCCCUCCUGCUGCCCUCAACCCGGGGAAAGACUCACCUGUGUGUCCUCCUAAACACAGCUCCUGCCACUGCCCCAAGCCGGAGCCCAGCGACCGGCCCGGCCCCGGCUCCGGCCCCGGGGCGGAGUGCCCGGACCACGACCCCGGCGGCCCCACCAGGCCCCCGGUGCUCGUCUCCCCGAUCCCCCUGCAGCUCCAGCCCCACUGCUGCCACCAGGGACACGCGCUCCCUCCCGCUCCUCUGGGGCGGGUGGGAGGCUGCGUGCUGGACGGGCCCUCGGUUCGAUUCCACCAGAGCCUGGAUCUGCAGGACGACCGCAGCAUCCACAUCCACUACGGCCAGGGGCCCAGCUUCUGCUGCUCGCCGCCCGAGCUGCGCCCGGCGCUGCUGCCCGUGCCUCUCAUUCUGGACUCCGGGGGGGUGGAGGACUGGCCCUGCUGCGCCGGGGCUCACGUGGUCUGGCAGAAACGGGUGCAGCAGGCCCGCUCGGAGCCCCAGCUCCUCGGCCCCGGGGCCUCAGUGGACAGACCGCCCUGCAGGUUCCACCAGGGGCCCGCGGCUGAGCGCAGCACAGACAUUUGUUUAUACUGCCAAUCAUUACACCACAAUCAGGGAUCAGAAGAGGAGUCUGGAGUGUGAGAGCAUCUCGCCUUCCCGUCGCCGAGUAGAGAAACCUCUCAUCCUGCCUUCCAGUUAAUUCCACCAGCGAUGCCUUUCUGGAGGAGACGAUUGUCCUCCGGCCUCCCCCCAGUCUAGACUCACAGGAUGAAAUGAUCUUUGUUCUCUAAAGAGAAGCUAAAUCGUGCUCUAAUUUCAGAAUAAUGUGGAAACUCUUUUUGAUAUUUGAUAUCAAACCGUACCGAGCGAUCUGAGUAUGUGAAGAUGGGUCGUUGCUUGGAAAACGACUCGGGCGUCACAAAGGGGGAAAAGUGUCAGUUAUAGGAAGAGUGUUCGAGUUUGCGUGUUCCUCGGGCACGGAGCCCUCGUGAAGCGAGACUUCGGCCCUGCAUCGCUCACUCAGUCCCAGAGUGUCCUGAUUCAGAUUCGAGGUACUUUUCUUUCACAUCUCCGCCUUCACUGGCUGAGUCCAGCCUCAGCCGACAGACACUUUUCUCUCCAGCCUACCUCAGCUCGGAUUUCUUAACAUGCCUCACUAAGGGGGUCUUUAAAGGUACUGCUGUAGUGAAUAGUUUGUUUCUGUCUCUUUUUUUGUUUUUUUUUUUGGUUUGUUUUGUUUUAUUGGUCACCACCAUGUAGCUCCCUCAACAGAAACGUAUUUUGUCCUAAACAGAGAGAAAGAUCAGCGCCUCAAACAACGAGCUUUCACUGAGGUGGCUGAGCCUUGCAUGGGCCUUUUUUUCAAUAUUUCAAUAAUGGCAGCUGUUUUGUUUGUGUUUUGGAUCCUUUUCUGUUAAUUUUUUUUUUUUUUUUUUUUUUUUUACCUUUUUUGAAUGAACUGGUUUGACUGAAUUGCCUUAUCGUCAUUAGAAGCUAUUGUUUUUUUGUUUUUUUUUUUCCAUUUCUCUUGCCAGUGGUUACUUCACAUGUUCGACCUCAGUGCUGUUAAAAUCCCCUCCGAUCCGUACACAGUGAAUCAGAGGCACGACUACUCAUCACAGUGUGGUAUUAUCCUCCGUAAAGGUCAGACCCUCCCCUCCACUCCCAGCAACUGAAGCUCUAGAAAAAUGCUUUGCCUCGCAGCCAUUGAAACCAAAUAAUGACUGCAACAGUGUAACUGGAGUAAAAGCCACGCUAGGUGAACCUAGCAGCCCCGAGCACCAGCAGCCUGCUGCUGCCGCACCGGUUUCAUAAAAGCUCGCUGUCCCCUUCCUGUGAUUUCAACCCCACAAUGAGUAGACGUUUCAGGAUCAAUCAGACACUGAAAAGAUUUGUUUUGGUUAAUUUUACCAGAAAAGCUCAGAAAAUGUCUCGUCGAGGUAGACGUGCACUGAUUUUCUCUCAGCUUAAAAGUACAGUAAAAGAAAAAAAUGCUGUCGUUAGUAAAUUAUCCAGUGAAGUCGGCAACUAAUCGCUGUUGUAGUUCCAAUUUUCACCACAAGAUGGUGUGAUGAGCCCGCUUUCAGAUCCAUAAGACUAAGACAUAGCUUGUACAUACAGUGAAUUGUAGUAAAGCAUGACAGCUCACAAAAAGUCAAAUUAUAAUAUCAUGUUCGCCCUCUAGAGGUGGUUUAAAGAAUAGGUCAUAAUCAACACACCACAAACUGGGAAAACAAAAACAACUCGAAGUUUUCUAAUUUCUAGCUGCUGUCUUGGUUUGUUGUGGUCAUGCAAUCACAUUUUCCUCCAAGUUUAUUCCUUUGGAUUACAUUAGUAUGUGGAGACUGGCAUCUUUUCUGAUUCACCACUUUGUCACAAUAACGUUACAAACAAAAUCGUAGCACUUCUAUCCAGCUCAUUCUGGCCUUGCUUUUUUGGGAGGAGGCGGCUCAUGAAGCUGAAACUGGUCGAUGGGACAGUAAACAGAAGAUAGCCGAUUCACUUGGCAGCUAAUAACCAAACCACAAACUGGCAAACCUCCGAGAGCCGAACAGAAGGCGGACUCAAUGACAUUGACUCACUAAAGCCACCUAAUGUCCCACAUUGGCAUCAUUUAAAUUCUACGUACUGUUCUUUUAAGCCACUUGAAGGAAAAUCAGAAAUUAGACAUAACGAUGACCUAAAAAAAAAAAAAAGCUCAAUCAACUUAAAAAUGCUUCAAGUAUUUGUUACCUAGUGUUUCAGGUUCAGCCAAACCGACCUAUAGUUUCAACUGUGCAGAGAGAAAUCCUCAUGUCCCAUCGUAAAUGAUCAGCGAUCAGAGGAAAUUACCUUCAGUGUGUCUUUCUUUCAAAAACUGAGUGAAAAUGUGAAUGAUAGUUUCCUGCAGUCAGACUGCGGACGGAGCAGAGACGGCUUGUGGUGAUCAUCAGGAGCACUUACUAAUCCCCUCACAUGUGCCUUAUUCAGUCCCCAAUCAGGAAGUCUCCCAGCACUCCGUCCCCGUUUACACCACGUUUCCAAGGGAAAACGCAAACGCCGUUGUGUAUUGGGGGUCAGUUGAUCCGAUGAUGAUACUUUGAGCCAUAGAAAUUGUAACUUUUUGAAAAUGGCUCCCAGGGCGGAACUUCACGAAAACGCUAUGACUCUGUCGUCGUGUAAACGGCCAAAAACACAGCUUUGUGGAAACGCUUUGCGCUCAGUUUCCGUGUAGAUGGCAGAAGCGCCGCUCGUGGUUCUUCUGCACAUUAUUACAUAAACAGCACCUUCUAGUGGCCCUAUAGAAACACUACACAGUUUUCAGAGCUGCUGCCGUUUCCAUGUAGACAGCCAUCGUUUUAAAAACGUUGCUGUGUAAGCGUCCAACUUUUCACUUGAAACAUUUUCGUGUAAACGGGGCCUCGGAUCUCACCUGUCGAACCAAAGAGUCAGAGUCUUGAACACAGUGAACCUGUGGCGCGUCGCCACGAUCCUCAUCGUCCAGCAGAGAACGCGCUAGAAUUGAAGUGGAGUCCUUCACGCUUUCUGGACAAUCAUGCAGAACGCUUCGCCUGUAGUCCCUCCAAACAAUACCUCACUCUGAAUGUGUCAACGCGGCGUCCUCCUGCUCAAACUAUCAGGGUUUUCUUCUUGUGCCCAGCGGUCUCAGAGACUGAGAUGGAAAUGACUGAAUUACAAGCAGCACUUUGGCUUUAGCAGCUUUUUCUAUUCAAAAAGAGAGAACAUAAAACUCAUAGUAUUAAUAGAAGAGCCGGCCCGGAACCAUCAGCAUGUCGAUAGAAUAGCAGCUAGCGGUGCCGCAGAACAUCCGGUGUGAUUUCAUCCUGUUCAACAUCUUCCUCUUUGUGCUGUUCAUGUGUUUUUUGUUAUGAUGUGCAAGAAUAAUGAGCUGAAACUGCCUUUUCUAAUAGAGUUAAAAACAAAAAAACAAGAAAAA